AUGCAUAUUCGAGAAAAGCUCGCAAGCAAGGAGGCUGCGGGGGAGCCCAGCAUCUCCUUCGAGUUUUUUCCUCCCAAGACUGCUCAGGGUGUGCAGAACCUUUAUGACCGAAUGGACCGCAUGCAUGGCUUGGGUCCCUCGUUCAUCGAUAUCACAUGGGGUGCCGGCGGUCAUCUCUCUGACCUGACCUGUGAAAUGGUCGGUGUGGCUCAAUCGGUCUAUGGAUUGGAGACAUGCAUGCACCUGACCUGCACUGAUAUGCCCCUCGAAAAGGUGGAUCAGGCUCUUCAGGCUGCCUACAAGGCUGGCUGCACCAACAUCCUGGCCCUGCGAGGUGACCCGCCCCGUGACAAGGAGACUUGGGAGGCCACAGAGAACGGAUUCCGAUAUGCGAAGGACCUGGUCAAAUACAUUCGCGAGAAGUAUGGCAAUCACUUCGACAUUGGUGUGGGAGGCUACCCGGAAGGUGCCGAUGACAACCCGGACGUGGAUCUCCUGGUUGAUCACUUGAAGGAGAAGGUGGAUGCUGGCAGCUCUUUCGUCAUUACACAGAUGUUCUAUGAUGUGGACAACUUCAUUGAAUGGGUGAAGAAGUGCCGGGCCAAGGGUAUCACCGUGCCCAUCAUCCCCGGUAUCAUGCCUAUUCAACAAUAUGCUUCUUUCAUUCGCCGAUCCAACUGGACCAAGACUCGCGUACCGCCGGAGUGGAUGGAGGCUCUGGAGCCCGUCAAGAACGACGAUGCUGCCGUACGAGAAAUUGGUAAGCGUCUGAUUGCCGACAUGUGUCGCAAGGUGAUGGCCUCCGGCAUCAACCAUUUGCAUUUCUACACAAUGAACUUGGCACAGGCAACAAAGCUCGUUUUGGAGGAGCUAGGUCUCGCUCCCUCCGAAGAAGCUCCUAUUCAGCGGGCUCUGCCAUGGCGGCCAUCCCUUGCCUUGGGCCGGAGAAGCGAAGAUGUGCGCCCGGUCUUCUGGCGCAACCGAAACUCAUCAUACGUUGCCCGCACACAGACAUGGGACGAGUACCCCAACGGUCGCUGGACCGAUUCUCGAUCCCCUGCCUUUGGUGAGGUUGAUGCAUAUGGAGUCCGGCUCAAGGGUACCAACGAGCAGAACAUCAAGUUGUGGGGCGAGCCCAAGUCUAUCAAAGAUCUUUCCGAAAUUUUCGUUCGUUUCUUGGAGGGCAAAUUGGACCGACUUCCCUGGAGUGACAGUCCAAUCAGCGCCGAGGCCAACGACAUCAAGGAUCUCUUGGUCGACCUGAAUCGGAGAGGUUUCUUGACCAUCAACUCCCAGCCCGCUGUCAACGGUGUGAAGUCUUCUCACCCGAUCUACGGAUGGGGUCCCAAGAACGGUUUCGUCUACCAGAAGGCAUACCUGGAACUCCUAGUUCCACCUUCCUUGAUUGAUGAGCUCGUCGCUCGUAUCGACAAGAACGAUGACUUGACAUACCACGCCAUCCGCAAGAACGGGGAGCUGCGGACCAACACUCACGACAGCCCGAACGCUUUGACUUGGGGUAUCUUCGCCGGACGAGAAAUCAUUCAACCCACCAUCGUCGAAACGGUCAGUUUCUUGGCCUGGAAGGACGAAGCGUACCGGCUGGGUGAGGAUUGGUCCAAGUGCCACGAUUCCGCCAGUCCUAGUCGCAAGUUGAUUCAGCAGGUCAUGGAUGACUGGUACCUGGUCAACAUUGUCGACAACGACUUCCACCGAAACAACGCCGUCUUCGAACUGUUCACCGACCUCGAAGUCAAGGAUCUCAACGUCGAGCUCCCUGGCAAGCCGGAGACCAACGGCUCCGGAGAACAAAACGGUGCUGCGACCAAAAACUAA